AUGACGACCGAUCAACCAGACAUCACUCUUGCCACCGAGGAGAAAAUUACAGCCUCGGAUACCGAGAUGGACACGACACACGAUACACACCCAACCCAGACCCCUGAUAACCCGGAAAGCGGGAUCGUGUAUCACAGAUCGGACGAGAUGCUCUCGAGGCUACGGCGUUCGGCGGAGCGCCCGACGAUACAAUUGGAGUCAACACAUGAGUGGCUUUGGGUCACACCGAUCGGGCUAGGCUCGAACAUGGACUCCUGGGAAAUAGUUCUUCGCGAUAACAAACUGAGAGACUGCAUCGCAAAGGUGAUCGCCAAAUACAACGGCCACAUCGGCAGCAAUGUCUGGCAAGAGUCGCGGGUGACGCUGAGCUCGCCGUUCAAGGCGCUUAUCUUCAACCAUGCCGAGCUGAAGAUUGAAGCACAGUCAACCUCACUCGAUCCAACCACGCGUGGACGUCUUCAAUGUCUACUACAAGUAGUGGAAAAAAUACAUGAUCCCGUGCGGUGGAGAAUUCCUAAGUUGGUGGAUGACUUGUGGAACUUUCGAAUCCAGUAUGCCCUCCUGUGGACGCUGUUCAGACCUGGCAGCCUAGUCGUCGGGGCGUGGAAUUCAGCGCAUGAUCUGCAGGUCUUCCAGGUGCAUGAUACUUCAUACAGCUCGAAGGAAAAGACGUUGUAUCCGACUGAUCACGUCUACGCGAGGAACGAGCUCGUGAUCACCGCCUGGAUGUGGGAUUGGGAUGGGAAGAAGAUCGUUCGCACGAUGUUUGACUUUAGAAUCUCCGAGUACUCCGGUGACAAGCCCCCAGCGGAGCUUAAGUGCUAUCCAGUCGCGUUCUAUGACGGGGAGGGACACAGGGGGUUGGAAGCAAUUCGCGGGACGUCAGUGUAUCGAGAUCGAAGGACAAACUUUCUCCGUUACGCGCUGGAUCACCGUCACUUGGGGCUGCAGCGAUAUUCCGGAGAUCUCUAUGGAGGAAUUUCGGCGUUCCAGUCGAAUCGAGAGAAAGCGGACAUGGCGGCCAUGGGCUUUCGUGCAGCUUUGUGGCCCACCGUGCCACCAAGAGUCGUCAAGAUCGAUGAAGAUAUUAUUCUCGACACGGUGAACUACAUGCGGAAGGGCGGCGGUAGUCGAGCUUUAAACAUGUUUGAGCCAGUCAGCAGCGCCAAGUUCUGCCACUGUCAAUUAUGUCUGAAUCCUGAGACUAAGAGAUGGAGGGAUGACACUGAAGCUAAAGUCACUCGUCCUUUCAACUACAAUGAUCUCCUCCUUCCACCUAGGCUCUUUGGAUUCGCCUUGAACUGGAAGGAAUGGGGCCAGUUCUUCCUGAACGACAUCGAACGGACGGAGCCUGCUGAAAUGGGGGAGUUUGAAGGCGAGAUGAAGGGCCUUGUACUGCCGGACGAAGUUAGCCAGAAUGAGCAACGGCAUAUCUUCACGAUGGUGAGUAACCACUGGCAUGUGAUGGCGAAGCCACGCGGUCAGCGGAUUGCGGACAUGAUCGGAGGAAAAGGAGAGAGUCUGAUUCUUUUAUUUCAUGGUCAUAGCGGCACGGGAAAGACGCUCUAUGCGGAGUCGUUGGCGAAAUCAUCUGGUCGACCCCUGUUUAAGGUCGGCACGAGCGAUAUAGGGCUUAAUGCUCCACGGGCGGAACGAACCCUCAAGAAUAUUUUCGAGCUUGCUGAGGCGUGGAAGGCUGUGCUUCUCAUAGACGAAGCCGAUGUCCUUCUCGAUGCUCGCGGAAGCGCCAACGAGAGCUUGGUUACCAAAAAUGCUCUUGUCUCAGUCCUCCUUCGGGAAGUCGAGUACUUCAAAGGAGUCCUCAUAAUGACCACCAACCGUGUCGUCGCCUUUGACCCCGCCAUCCUCUCGCGGAUCCAUCACGCCGUGAACUUCGGAGAACCCAACUCCGACCAAGAGUAUAGAAUAUGGAAGUUAUGGAUCGACCGCCUGCACGAGCAAGGAUUGUGCGACGAUUCCAGCGAUCUGCGCAAGUGGGCGAAGGAGACCACGAAAGCAUCUCGACGAUAUAUCCUGAGCGGCCGAGAAAUCCGCAAUGUCUUCAUCAUGGCGCAGAUGCUGGUCGAGAGGCCUAAUAGCGAUCUAAGAAUCAAGAGAGAGCAUCUCACGGCCGCGUAUAAUUAUAAGAAGGAUUUUCGGACCGACACGGAGCAUCUGCGGACCCAGGCUAACCAGCUUCUUGCGGCUCAGAAGAAGUAG